AUGGCAAUGGGCCCCUUGGAUAACCCGCAAAGGCCCAUGGAAGCAGACGCUGCUGGCACUGGCAGCGGUAACGGCAAAGGGCAGAUUGCACAGUCUACAAGACAAAAUACGGAAACCAAUGCGGAGACUGGUGAGGAUGCUUGGGACGAAAAACGGCUGGAGGAAGCCAUGGCCAGGUUGAAAGACAUGCAUAUUCAGCUACGCAAUUUGCGAACUACUAUCCCACGACUCCUCGCCCCUCUGACCACGAAGCAACCCUCGCCCGAAGCCUUGUUCCGUGAAUUCUCCAAGUCCGCCAGCACUGCCACCCAAGAAGUGCAGCAAUUCCGCAAGUUGAUGGCCCAAGAGGAGACUGGAAAGGUGUUGGAACAUGCCAGAAAGAGCCGUUCUGAGAAUCCGAAUGAUAUUAAGCCAUGGAAGGCGACGGACCACCCCGACUGGCUUACUAGGGAUGAAUAG